CUUUGAAAAGAUCUCCACACACGGAGAUCGGACGUGUAUCGGUUCAAACUGCCGCAUAAACCCCUUCCAGUUCGAACCCAAAAGCCCUACCCGCCCCCUCUCCCACCUGCAAAUUCACAACGACGACAGUCCAAUCUCCCCUUCGCCAUCGUCAUCACCUUCGCAAAUAAUCUUCUCCUCAGGAUUUGAAUUUCGCAUCAUCGAUUUCUGUGUGAGCCGGUGAUAGUGACGGAGUUCAAAAUCGUGGGCAAAUAUGGAGGGAGGUGUUCGAGAAUCUGCUGUGGUACCCGAGAAAGCGAUGGAUUCAGUGAAGAUGACAUUGGACAGCGUAGAACAAGUCCAAACUCACCUUAUUUCCUUCCUGUCUAUCGCGGAGCCUGAUGUUCUUGCUCAAAUGCGGCCUCUCCAGCGGGCUCAAUCUAUGCUUUUGCUUUCUAGAGCCACUACCACUCUCUUCGCAUUAAAGUUGAGGUGUAGCGGAGUUCAUCCAGAUGAUCAUCCUAUCAAGUCAGAGCUUGAGAGAUUAAGCUUGUAUCAAGAGAAACUAGAACGGUUCAUAGGCUUGAGUAAAGCACCAUUGAAGCGUUCAACUACCUUGAAUUAUCAAGCAGCUACUCGCUUUAUUGAACAUUCUCUGCCAGAUCUCACCCAAGAGCAAAAACAGGGUAUGAGAGAUAUUAGUAGGGGGAAGGGACCCAAAAUGAAGCAAUUAGAGAGGACUGUACAAAAGAAGAGGAAGUAUCAGUCUUCUGAAAAACAAUCUGUUCAAAUUGCUGCCAAGGAGUUUCUUGAGAAAGCAGCUCGUGAGCUUCUUGGUGAUAAUAAUGGAGGUUUGCAGGGACCUCUAUGUGGGGACGCUUCAAAUGAUGAUCUGUAGGAAGAUUGAAUUCCGAAUUUCACUUGUCAAGCGCAGCUGCAGACUAGUAGAGCCACCGCUGUCGUAGCAGGGACGUUGCUGGAACGGGGUUGGAGAAAUACCAGAAUCUCUGUUGCUUGUGCUGCUGCUCAGAUUGACCCUCCAACCCAUGCCAGUAUCUUCGUUAGUAUCGGUGUCUGGCUCGGUGUCUAGCUCUAAUAUCAUUUAUAACAGUUCAAGACCACUGUUGACAAAUACUGAUAUGGGACACUUUCUUUGGGAGCCAGUAUUCUUACUGGCAUACCGUCUAGUUUUUGGUUAUGACAUCAUUUGUAACCGCACAAGUUCAUCGCUAGCAAAUAUUAUCGCUUUGACUCGUUACAUAUCGUUCCACCGACUA